AUGUCCGGACCACUCGAUCGAUUUGCCAGGCCUUGUUUUGAGGGGUUCUCUAGCCAUGACGAGAGAAAAGAAAGGAAGUCAGAUUAUGAGAAUUCAGAGGACGAUAGGAGGACUAGAAUUGGGAACCUGAAGAAGAAAGCAAUCGAUGCGUCUAGUAAAUUCAGACAUUCUCUCAAGAAGAAAAGGAGGAAAAGUAGCAGUCGGCUCACUUCUGUUUCAAUUGAGGAUGUACGGGACGUUGAGGAGCUACGGGCUGUUGAUGCAUUUCGGCAGGCACUUAUCUUGGAAGAAUUGCUACCUCCAAGACUUGAUGACUAUCAUAUGUUGUUGAGAUUUUUGGUAGCAAGAAAGUUUGAUAUCGAGAAAGCAAAGCAUAUGUGGGCCAGCAUGAUUCAAUGGAGGAAAGAAUUUGGCACUGACACAAUUUUGGAGGAUUUUGAGUUCAGUGAGCUGAAUGAAGUUCUAAAGUACUACCCUCAAUGUUAUCAUGGUGUUGACAAAGAGGGAAGACCUAUUUAUAUCGAAAGAUUGGGGAAAGUUGAUCCCAGUAAGCUCAUGCAAGUGAGUUCUUUGGAACGGUAUGUGAGAUACCAUGUGCAGGAGUUUGAAAGGAGUUUUGCCAUUAAGUUUCCUGCCUGUUCUAUUGCUGCAAAGAGGCAUAUAGAUUCGAGCACAACAAUUUUAGAUGUUCAAGGCGUGGGUUGGAAAAACUUUACCAAGUCUGCCCGAGAUCUCAUGGUACGGCUGCAGAAGAUUGAUAGCGACAACUAUCCUGAGACACUUUGCCGAAUGUUUAUAAUUAAUGCUGGUCCUGGUUUUAGGAUGCUCUGGCCUACAGUUAAAGCAUUUCUUGAUGCUAGAACAACUGCAAAAAUUCAUGUUCUGGGUAACAAGUACCAGAGCAAAUUACUUGAAAUAAUCGAUGCAAGUGAGUUGCCAGAAUUUCUGGGUGGUAGCUGUACCUGUUCCAAUCAGGGAGGUUGUAUGAGGUCUGAUAAGGGGCCAUGGAAUGACCCAAACAUAUUAAAGAUGGUACUUAGUGGCGAAGCACAAUGUUUCAGACAAAUAGUUACAGUUUCUAACGGUGAGGGAAGGAUAAUUGCUUCUGAUAAGCCACGUAUUCCAAUGAUAAGAAGUAGUGAUACAUCUACGGCAGAGUCGGGAUCUGAAGUGGAAGAAAUUGCUUCACCUAAAGCAACUAGGAGCUACAUACAACCUAAGUUGACUCCUGUUUGUGAAGAAGCUAGGGUUGUUGGUAAAGCAAGUAGCUCUGCUGGUUUGUCGGAGUACGAUGAAUACGUUCCCAUGGUUGACAAGGCUGUGGAUAUUGGAUGGAAGAAACCAGUCUUGCAACAAAAUCCACUUACUUCUAGAGGGGUAUCUUCACCAAGAUCUGUGGGAAAAAAACCAGAUGGAAUCUUGGCUCAUGUCUGGACUAUGCUUGUGGCAUUCUUUGUAGCCCUUGUUAUGCUAAUCCGAUCUGUUGCAUUACGGGCGACUAAGAAACUUCCAAACUCUGUUUUGGAUUCUGCCCACAACAUUCCUGACCUGACUGCUGACACAGUUCCCAUGGAGGAACUCCGGCCUCCAUCACCUGCUCCAGGGUUUAGCAAGGCAAACCUUCUCUCAUCUGCUUUGCAGAAGCUUGAUGAACUUGAGGAGAAGGUAGGCAUGCUGCAAGCAAAGCCUUUUGAGAUGCCUUAUGAGAAAGUGGAGCUAUUGAAUGCUGCUGUUUGUCGUGUAGAUGCGUUAGAAGCAGAGUUGAUUGCCACAAAAAAGGCUCUGCAUGAAGCUUUAAUGAAGCAGGAAGAACUUCUUGCAUAUAUAGACAGGCAAGAACAGGCCAAGCUUCGGGCUUUUCUAUAUCUUGCGAAUGAAACUGAAAUUGUGCCUGUCUCCGUUGGUAUGAAACAGAAAAAAGGGUGUUGCUGGUGA